GAGAAAGAAACCAAGAGAGGGGGUAAGAGUGAAAGGAGCGCGAUAAAGAGCAGGACGGAGUGAUAGAGAGAUAAUAUGAAAGAAAGGGAGAGGGAAAGUGAGAGAGAAAGCAAAGCAGGGCAGCCUGUUAGAGUGAAAGGGCAGGGAAAGAGCUGAGCAGCAGAGAGAAUGAGAGAGAUAAUAUGAAAGAGGGAGAAAGAGGGAGGGAGGGAAAGAGAGAGAGAGAGAGCGUACGGGUUGUACGUGUCAGUAGCUCACAGAGAAGCUGGAGCAGGAGGUGCGUGGCUUUAUGGAUGAACACCUGCACCUCCUGCACUCCAACAACACCAUCAACAACAUCACCAACAGCAUCAACGUCAACACGCACAACCACCUGCUGAGCCUCGGACACGCUCCGGGACUCACGCACCCGCCAGAGGCCACGAUGACCGUGGUGUCUUGCGACGGGGCACCGGAGGAGCCGAACAGCAACACGGCGGAGCGCUAUGAGCCCGAGCACGAGUGCUGCGAGAGGGUGGUCAUCAACAUCUCAGGCCUGCGCUUCGAGACCCAGCUCAAAACCUUGGCACAAUUUCCGGAGACACUGCUGGGAGACCCAAGGAAACGUACGGCUUACUUCGACCCGCUCCGGAAUGAGUACUUUUUUGACCGAAACCGGCCCAGCUUUGAUGCCAUUCUGUACUACUACCAGUCCGGUGGGCGCGUGAGGCGACCAGUCAACGUGCCCAUUGAUGUAUUUACCGAGGAGAUCAGGUUCUAUGAGCUCGGCGAGGAAGCCAUGGAAAAGUUCCGCGAGGACGAGGGCUUCAUUAAGGAAGAAGAGCGGGCGCUGCCGGCUGGAGACUUCCAGCGCCAAGUCUGGCUCCUUUUUGAGUACCCAGAAAGCUCGGGUCCAGCUCGCGGCAUAGCCAUCGUCUCCGUUUUGGUCAUCCUAGUGUCCAUUGUGAUCUUCUGCCUUGAGACUUUGCCUGAGUUCCGGGACGACGAUGACAGCGAUGCCAGGGAUGCAAGGAUUGGCACGACUCCUUUGCAUUUGCUCCAUCACUACCCUGACAAUGUCCAUGCUAAUGCCACAGGCACGCUUUCGCUCUCCUUGGUGACCGCACCCUUCUCUGACCCCUUUUUCGUAGUAGAGACGCUCUGCAUUGUAUGGUUCUCCUUUGAGCUUCUCGUGCGAUUUUUUGCAUGCCCGAGCAAAGCCACCUUCUCCAAGAACAUCAUGAACAUCAUCGAUAUUGUAGCCAUCAUCCCAUAUUUCAUCACGCUGGGAACCGAGCUGGCAGAAAGGCAACAGGGAAACGGCGGCGGGCAGCAAGCCAUGUCCCUCGCCAUUCUGCGGGUCAUCAGGCUGGUGCGCGUCUUCAGGAUCUUCAAGCUCUCGCGCCACUCCAAAGGCCUGCAGAUUCUGGGCCAGACGCUCAAGGCUAGCAUGAGGGAACUCGGGCUGCUGAUCUUCUUCCUCUUCAUCGGCGUCAUCCUGUUCUCCAGUGCCGUGUAUUUCGCCGAGGCUGAUGACCCUGAUUCGGGAUUCAACAGCAUCCCAGAUGCCUUCUGGUGGGCAGUGGUCACCAUGACAACCGUGGGAUACGGAGACAUGCACCCAGUUACCAUCGGAGGCAAAAUCGUAGGUUCCUUGUGCGCCAUUGCUGGAGUGUUGACCAUAGCACUUCCCGUCCCCGUUAUAGUGUCCAACUUCAACUACUUCUACCACCGGGAGACAGAAGGCGAAGAGCAGGCUCAGUACCUUCACAUUGCUAGCUGCCAGCCCAUGCCAGCUUCGCCCGAGCUAAGAGGAGCGCGAAGUUCUUCUUCAAUUAGCCGAUCAGAGUAUGUGGCGAUGGAGGAGGCCCUGCAGGCCAAGCACAACUGCGUCAACAAAAUCUUCACGGACGUGUAGGACACGUACAUACGUGCACACGUGGGCACACGCCGUCACCGUAGCAACAGCACGUGUGUCCACGUGUGCGAGUAGAACUUUUGCAGGACGUUACUCAGCAAUUAGCGCACCAUCAUUGUCAUCACUGAUAAGCUUCAGGAUGGAGACACUGAUUAGUGAUUAAAAGGGGGCGGGGCAACAAGUUUAUUUUUUGGUGUGUUUGCAUUGUUGUUUGUGUUGCUGUCAGUAUUGCGUCUUUGUUCGUGUGUGUGUGUGUGAGUGUGUGUGUGUGUGUGUGUGCGUGCGAAGGGCACCCCCCCAAAUCCCCUCAACACACACCAGACUCAGUGUGGACAUUCAGACUCAGACUGAGGGGAAGGAGGGGGGUCGUGCCUGGAGUGAUGCAGUCACCAUAGCGACACUAGUUUCCUCAGCAACCUGCUAUUGUUGCCAUGGCAUCUUCACGCAGUUUCCACAGCAACCCUCCAGAUGGCAUUGGAGUCCCAGGGUGGAGCUGAUGAUGCCUUUGAUGAUGAUGAUGAUGAUGAUGAAGAUUGUGAUGAGGAUGAUGAUGAGGAAGAUGGGGGCAGCUCCAUCCACACCAGAGCUCCACCUCUCUCACCUUCAGCUGACAUUGUUGUGAAAGCUCGCUUUGUCAUGACUGAGUCAGUGGCCCCACCUUGUGGCUGGUACUGUCACUGCACCUGGCAAAAAAGCAGACUAGGAUGAAGAGUUUAAAGGGGAGGUCCAGCAAUAUUUCAAAAUUUCUCUAUAAUUCAGUGUGUGAGAUGUAAACAGAGUAAUUCAGAGUGGUUUGGAUUGAAAUGGUUUGAUUGUAUGCUCUUAAAAUUGGUUAUUCUAGGGUUCUUUAGUAAAGAACCCUUUAUAUAAAUAAAGCGUUCUGUGCAUUGU